GCGGGGCGGGGGUGCGGAAGGUGUAGCACGGGCUGCUGGAGCGCUGGGUGGGGCCCCAGGCGCGACGGCGGCGGCGCAGGCUCGGCGGCGGAGACGCCGCGCGCGGGGUGCGCGGGCGUCGGAGGCGGCAGCGGCGGUGGCCGAGCUGCCCGACGACGACGGCGGUGGCUCCCUGGACGACUCCUGGGCGGACGGGCUCGGCAGGGCGCCCGACGUGGGGGGGGCGACGGCGACAGCAGCAGCGGUGGAGCAGGCGGAGGCGGCCGCGGGAGCGGCAGCUGGAGCCAGCGGAGCGGCUGCGAGCGGCGGGGUGGCCGCUGGGGGGGCAGGCGCGGGCCUUCGGUUCGUGCAGGUGCCGCUGGCGGGGCCGCCCGUCGCCGAGGGCGAGGACGAGGAGAGGGAGCUGUCGCCUCCUGUCGGUGGUGCCGUGUCCUGGGCCGUGUGGCCGCCCCCGCUUGGCGCGCGGUUGCGCGCUGUGCAGGGCCCCUGGGAAGGGCGCGAGGGCGUGGUGAUGACCGUGGGCUCGGCCGCCGUGACGGUCAGGCUCGACAGGCUCGCCGUGCCGAAGGGCAAGAUCGUCCCGAUCUUCCUCGACGACCUGGCGGGGUCGUGGGAGGCUCUCGACUGAGGGCCAGCCUCCAGCGUGGCGGAGUCCGCGGCGUUGGAUCAGGGGUGA